GGGAAGGCUCCGCCUAUGACCCCCGUGCCUUCCCUGCAGGCUUGGCUCCGGCUCUAUGGCUACCUCCCGCAGUCCAGUCGUCAGAGGUCCACCAUGCGCUCGGCUCAGACCCUCGCCGCCGCGCUCUCCCAGAUGCAGAGGUUCUACGGGAUCACGGUGACGGGCGUCCUGGAUGAGGAGACCAAGCUGUGGAUGAAGCGGCCCCGCUGCGGGGUCCCGGAUCAGUUUGGAGUCCAGCUCAAAGCCAACCUGCGGCGGAAGCGGUACGCGCUCACCGGGCGGCGCUGGAGCCAGUCUCACCUGACUUUCAGCAUCCAGAACUACAUGGACAAGCUGGGGCGGUACCACUCGUCGGAGGCCAUUCGCCGGGCCUUCCGGGUGUGGGAGCAGGCCACGCCCCUGGCCUUCCAGGAGCUCCCCUACGAUGACAUCCGGCACAAGCGGAGGAAGGAGGCCGACAUCAUGGUGCUCUUCGCUUCCGGUUUCCACGGCGACAGCUCCCCCUUUGACGGCGUGGGGGGCUUCCUGGCCCACGCGUAUUUCCCCGGCCCCGGGAUGGGCGGGGACGCGCACUUCGACUCGGACGAGCCCUGGACGCUGGAGAACACGGACGUGUCAGGUAACAAUCUCUUCCUGGUGGCCGUGCACGAGCUGGGCCACUCGCUGGGCCUGGAGCACUCCAGCAACCCCAGCGCCAUCAUGGCGCCCUUCUACCAGUGGAUGGACACGGAGGACUUCCAGCUGCCUGAAGACGACCUCAAGGGGAUCCAGCAGCUGUACGGUGCCUCCGAUGGGCAGCCCCAGCCCACCCGACCCCUCCCAACGGUGACUCCCCGUGGCCCGGGGAAGCCGGACCACAGACCCCCCAAGCCGCCUCCCCGCGGCAAACCGGAUCGGCCCCCGAAGCCAGGCAGCCCGGACGGGCCCAGGACCACGGAGCGGCCCGACCAAUACGGGCCCAACAUCUGCGAUGGGGACUUCGACACUGUGGCUGUGCUGCGCGGGGAGAUGUUUGUGUUUAAGGGCCGAUGGUUCUGGAGGGUCCGGCAUAACCGGGUGCUGGACAACUACCCCAUGCCCAUCGGGCACUUCUGGAGGGGCCUCCCCGGGGACAUCGAUGCCGCCUACGAGAGGCACGACGGCAACCACGUGGCUCGUGGCCCUCCUGCCCUCUCUGCUUUCCCAGGGGACCGAUACUGGCUCUUCCGCGAGGCAAACCUGGAGCCCGGGUACCCGCAGCCCCUCACCAGCUACGGGCAGGGCAUCCCCUAUGACAAGAUCGACACGGCCAUCUGGUGGGAGCCCACGGGGCACACCUUCUUCUUCCGCGGAGACAGGUACUGGCGCUUUAACGAGGAGACCCACGCCGUGGACCCGGGCUACCCGAAACUGAUCACCGUGUGGGUGGGAAUCCCUCCCACGCCCAAGGGGGCCUUCCUGAGCUCGGAUGCCUCUUACACCUAUUUCUACAAAGGCACCAAGUACUGGAAGUUUGACAAUGAGCAGCUGAAGACGGAGCCGGGCUACCCCAAGUCCAUCCUGCGGGACUUCAUGGGCUGCCAGGAGGCCCUGGCACCGGAGCCCGACCCCGGGCACCGCUGGCCCGACCUGGACAGGCCU